UUUUUUUGUGACAACCCCGUACAUUUCCAUAUGUCAACACUGUCAACUAUCUACGAACUGCCAAACUUAACACGCAUGUUCGUAUUCCCGGCGAGUUUACAAUAUAAAUAUUUGUAUAUUUAGCACGCUGUGGGAGGACACGCAUUUUGAAUCGAUCAAUACAUACACUAAGUUGCAUCCCAUCAGUAGUUAGGUCUAUUUAUUAAGUAUUGUGUGAGAAUUUUAGGCCAAAAUGGAUUUUUUUGCUAAAGCACACGUUUUAAAAAAGAAAGACAGUAAGGCAGAAGAAUUAACGAAGAAAAAUCUAAAAGCCAUGUUGCAGGGCUACAGAAAAAGCGAUAAUGAACUUAUUAAGAAGAGUGCAAGCGGUGAUAUUGGUAUUUAUACUAGUUACGACGUGUCCAAUGUGAGUGAUGUUGAAGAAAUUGUAAUUUCUGGUAGUGAAGCAGAUACUAGUCAAUCAAAGUCUUCUGAAGCCGAUAGCACAUCACCUAGUAAAAUUUCUGCUAGUAAUCGAUAUAUUAACAAUGAAAUUGAAACAAAAUCUGAAGAUACAGAGAGCCAGAAAUCUAGUGCCUCUGGUAAAUCAAGUGAUGAAGUAGUUGUGAGAGAAUCACGAAGUAAUGAAUCUAUAUCGGAGUGUGAUGAGGAAAUACAAUCUUUGUCUGACGAAGCUGAAAGUGUAGAAUCUGACUCAAGUGAGGAAAUACCACUUCUAAUAAAAUUAGAUGAAACAACAACAGAAGCUGUGUCAACAGAUUCAGAAGAAUUUGAUCCAGAAGGAAUUUUAGCAUCAAAAAUACUUGAGAAAUUGGGUAAAACCAAAGUUGAAUCUAGUCAUAAAGGAAAGAAGAGGAAACUCGAGAAUGUUCCAAAAAAUAGUAAAUCUAAGAAAAAUCUUAAAGAAACCACACCAGUUGCUGAAAUUGAUAAUGUUGAUGAAAUGAAAGCUUUGAGUAUAGUCACUGAUGAUGACAACACCACAUCAACAACUGAUUCUGCACCAUAUGUGUCAGUAUCAGUGGAUUAUAUGCCUGACCAGAGUUUCUCUGAUGUUAUGAGAGAACACUUUAAACCCUUAGUUGACGCAGGUAGCCGUUUCCCUCCAACAAUAACAGACUCGGACAAUGCUCCAGUGGUUGACAAUGAUUAUAGAUUGUUUUUGGUCAGUGAUGAAGAUGAAAAAGAGGGGCAGCAGAUUGACGAAAAUGCAGAUUGUAACCAAGAAGGAACACAAGAACAAGAUCAAGACGAAAACAUGGCGGUCACUAAUGAUCCAUAUGCUGUAGAGAGACCAUCAUCUUUAGAAGAUAUUCCCCAAAAUGAACAUGACAAAGAAUCACAGGAAGAGAAUUUUGUUAGUCCUGUAAAAGUUUAUAAUACACAAAAUGGUUAUGUGUGUGUGCUGAGGCAUCCUACCAGUUUGUACAUAAAUGGGAAAGUAAGAGUUAAGUUAUUAACAGGACCAGUUGAAGUUCUUGGUCACAGACUGAAAGAAGGCCAAAAACUGAAGCUGUAUGCUCCUAAUAACAGCCAUUCUAUGUGCUUCUCCACCUUUACAAGCGAAACAUCUUCUUAUGGACUAUUUGGCAAGCUGACAGCUGCAGGGUUAGCGGUAUCUGAAGCUGAGGACAUAGUGACAUCCUUGAAACCAAAUGAUGGGGUGAUUCUCCUUAAAACUUUGGUGGAGUCUUCAAUUGAUUUUGUACAAAAGUAUAUGAACACAGAACUGAGUUUGAGGUCCUUGAGGACUGUUGAGAGUGUGCUUAGACCUAUAUCUGUAGACUUAGAAUGUAAUCUCUACCUGACUAAGCCAUGGAGACACUUUCAGAUGGGUACAGAAUGGGAGUUGGCUGUUCAACAUGGAAAUGAGGAUAAAAGCAGGGGUGUCAUCUGUGGAGGCAAAGGCGUGGGCAAGUCCACAUUCCUUAGAUACUAUGUGAACCAAUUGUUGGAAGAUGGUCCAUUGCUAGUCAUAGAUCUAGACCCAGGACAGUCCGAGUUCACUGUAGCGGGCAUGGUGUCGGCCACAGUAGUCUCUGCACCACUACUUGGACCAAAUUACACACAUUUGAAGACUCCUGAUAUAAUGUACUACAUAGGCAUGAUCAAUCCUAUGGACAACUGCGUGCGUUACGUGAACGCUGUGACCGAGGUGCUCGUGGACUGCCACGCACGCUUCAGCAACCUGCGCUGGGUCGUCAAUACCAUGGGCAUGUGCAACACUAUAGGCCUCAGAUUCAUAAUCCACACCAUACUGCACACACAGCCCACCUUUGUAAUGCAAAUAGACUCUAACAUAAGAAAAAAACGCUUUGAGCACCAACUACAUGACUACAAAGUCCAAGAGUUGUACGACGAAUGGAAGCACGUUAAGAUAUUCAGGUGCUGUAAUGCUCCAACGUUGAAGUAUGCGUUCGUGCACGCGAAGGCUGUGGAGGGGUGCGAUAAACACAACACGUCGCGGUCGCCGAAGGACGAUAGAUUUUUGAACUACCUUGCGUAUUUUGGAAGGCUAAUGAACGUUAAUAGUGGAGCUAGAAGUUUGCUUCAAAUUUUACCUUAUGAGGUCAAUUUGGCUGAUAUCGCCGUGUUGACUAACGUGAAAAUAACUGAUGACAUUUUGAAGGUGAUUAAUGGAAAAGUAGUAGCUCUGUGUCGAAGCAAAGAUGUAGCAAAGGGAAGUGUGUCGUGUAUUGAGAAUAACCCUCUGUCAUGCUACGGACACGGUUUGGUGCGAAGUGUGAACUUUGUGGAGGGCUUGAUGUUCAUAGUGACCCCAGUGCACAACCUGCUGCCAGUGAACACCCUGGUGUAUGCGGACUGGGCGCCCGACCUGUGCGCGCCUGACCCUGCGCUGCCCGCUGGCGUGACCGUGCCCUACGUCACCACUCCGCACCAACAACAGAAGCAGCUGAUGAACCCGCCCCGCCGCCGCUUCAACCCACUACAACUAUUGAAAAUGUCGAGGAUGGCCUAAAUUGAAACUUUCCAUUAUUGGUUAAUAAAUUUGUAAUUGGAAUAUAUCCAAAAUAAUAAAUCUUAAAUUAUACAAAAGGAAAUCUAAUAAUUAUUUUGUUAAUUAUAUUUGACGAUAAUUUUGUACUUACAAGGCUAAUGAAACAUAACAUAAAUGAUCAUAUUAACUUAAAUAUCCCCAUCCUAAACACCUUUGCUUUAUAAAUGCUGCAUUAAAAUUUUAUAAAAAGUCAAAAAGAGUUUAGAAAAGAAUUGUUGACAUGGGGUUCCUUUAUUACUAAUAAAUUAUAUUAGGAAGUUAUAAUUUCACACAAACAAUAGAUUACAAUU